AUGGAUCCGGACCUGCUGGACGCAGAGCCGGCCAGCGCCCCCAAGGAUGGCUCCAAUACCCAGGGUGUCUAUAUCUACACGCCGGCAGAUCAGAGCAACCCUUCCGGAGAGCGGCCCUCGAAGCGGCGCAAGGUCGUGUCAGAAAAUGGACAGAAGGAAAGAAAUUGCCACCCCUUUGUUCCGCUCUUGAAUGGGGACGAAGACGCAAAGUCCGUCGAGUUGCGAUAUACAACCUACCAACAACUAUGGUCCGGCCAGGAAGCGAAGAUCCAGGAAAUCCUACAUGACGUCGAUGCCGAGGUCCUCGCCAGUGUUUCGUCCUUUGUCCAAUCAACCUCCCCUCAAACCUAUGAUGGCUGCAUCCCGGCGGCGUUGGUUACAGUAGGCUCCAACGUCUCGUCCCUUGCGAGACUUCUCGCCAGACUCAACGAUCAAUUGAGCACGGCCGGGGACGGAGGAGUCAUUGUGCUGGAGUCGGGUGAUGCGCCUAACCUCAAGACGACCCUUAAAAACAUUAUCCGAUUCGCCAUCACGAAUACCGAAGGGAAUGAGGGCUACCAUAAUUUCCUUACUGAUCGAGAGGGGCCCAGAGUUCUCGGUUACGAUCUCGACCUGUUAGGCGACUAUGUCAAGCGGAAAGGCGCCAAGAAGCUGGUUCUUGCAUUCCGGGACAGCGAAGCUUUUGAUCCGGGCAUCCUUACGGAUCUCCUGUCUCUAUUGAGCUCGUGGCUUGAUCGGAUACCGUUCACGCUCCUAUUCGGUAUCUCAACAUCCGUGGAACUCUUCGAAGGGAGACUCCCGCGAGCAAGUGUCGCCUUGCUUCGCGGAAGGUACUUCGAACUUCACGAAGCGAGCAAUUGCGUUGAUCGCAUCUACGGCAAGCUACAAGCCGAGCCAGAUGGAAAGUUCUGGCUGGGGCGCAAUAUCACCGCUGCCCUGUUCGAGAAAUCGAACGACUAUUUCCAGACUCCCGAAGCCUUCAGUCGAACCGUAAAGUACGCUUACAUGUCCCAUUUCUUUGCCAAUCCGUUGGCAGUGCUCCUGGCGGAUGAGUCUGUCCCGGAUAUCCGGCGGGAUAAAGUCUGUGAAGCGAUCAGAAACCUUCCGUCUUUCCGGAGGUAUUGCGAGGAAUCGAUUGAUGAAGGCUCUGUCGCGAUAGUACGCGAUUUACUAGAAGACGACGGAACUCUCUUCCAGCACAGUUUACAGCAACUGACCGCGGGGCAGCAGAAAAUGCGCGAUAUUUUCCAAUGUGUGAAACUAAUGCAUCUGCUUCUGAAGAAACUAAAUCUCGUCAAGAAGACGAGCAUAUCGGAUUUGUCAAUCCGCGCGCUGUCGGGAGAACUGCCGGACUCUUCCUUGGUGGACGACGUGCUUCUAGCCGUAAAAACGCUAGAUUCGACACUGCUCCGGGAAGUCUUUUCCAUGCUUCCUACCACAUUGGCCGAUCGUCCAGAGCUGAGCGAGAUCCGAGCCGAGUUCGAAGCAUUGGUCCAGGCAUACAACGGCUCUGAACCGCUCCGAACCGAACAUGAUAAGCGAAACUCCGUUGUAGCAACAACCGUUGUUCAACAGCGGGUGAAGCUCAGCAAGGGCAAAGCCAAGUUGCCCCAAGAGCACAUUCAGUAUACGAAGAUUAUCGAUCGUUUCCACGCGCUGCUCGAGGCAUACCUUGGGCAGACUCUGGUGAGCCCCCAGGACCUGGUCCUGCAUGAGGUCUUCCUCCUUGACAUGAGGAAUCCCCUGAAAGAAAUCUUCACCCCACGACCACGCUUCGCAGUCGAGCGGGCGUUGUCCAAUCCGUUCGACUAUCUCAUAUCUUCGGCGGACAAGUCUGAAUCGAAGGUCUCCGCGAAUCAGCCCGCCACGGCGAUUCUGUAUCAACUGUAUCUGGAGUCCGGGUCACUCGUGAACGUUUUUGACCUAUGGCAGGCGUUCUACGCCGUUUUUGAAAGCGAGCAAGGCCAAUCCUGCGACGAGCGGACUGUCAUGUCCUUGUUCUACCGAGCCUUGUCGGAACUUAAGGCUCUUGGUAUGUUGAAAAGCAGCCGGAAAAAGGCUGACCACGUCGCUAAAAGCGCAUGGAUGGGGUUGUGAUUGGUCUUGUAUAUUAAGUCUUAGCCAUCAUGCAUAGCGGUCUCCUACUUAAACCAAGGGUAUCAUAAGAAUGUGCAACGAAAUAAUCGCCACCUCGACUGUAGUCGAAGUAGCCAGACUCACUCCUCGCUCGGCCAGCCGCCCCUCAUUCGGAAACAGGCAGUUGUAUAAUGUCGUCAUUUCCCAGAGGGCGACCUCCAUCGCUUAACACCAUCGCUUCCCGCCUGCGCCUACGGACGGCCUGUUCCUCGAUGGUCCUCUCUCGAAGACGUCUCC